AUGUCCCACCAGGAUGGAACCGUCGUCCACCAGGAUAACGCACGCGGACCGCCCCCUAAUUACGACCCGUACAUGAUUUCUUCGCCGGAUCAUCCAUUUUUUCCUGGCGCCCCCAUUACGAAACGCAUGUUCAAGGACAUGCACCAGGCUGUGUUUGCUAUAGUCAUCUUGCGCGCAUGGACUUUGGUCCCCGCGAUAUUGAGGGCAGAAGCAGGCCGCCAUUACAAAAUGGUCGCCCUCAAAAAUAAUAUAAGUGAGGCUCGACAAGAGAAUCCGGCCCUACUAGCCUUGAACGCCGAGAUCGGGACGCGCGGGCCUAUCCGACUAGUGUCGUUGUGGAAAAAGUGUUGUUUCGGAUACCUUGUACAAGCAAAUAUCUUGGAUCCCGUCGUGUUCACUUUCAGUGCUCUCGUUGUCGACAGGAUCACGCUAGCCCGACAGCACGAAACGCGGUACGAAUGGUUGCAUUUUCACGACUCACUUACGGGGGAAAAAAGGUUAUUUCGCAACACGCUUCCCUUGGGCUUGAUGGCCGAGUUUCUCGCUAAUAACUACGCUGACGCUAUACGCCACGAAAUCGUCAACAACCACUCGGGCCCUCGAGUCCUCAACAGCGGACCGGGUCUUGUUAAUUUCAGAUACACGCUAGCGUGCUCUAUUGUUACGUUGCAACACGCCUUUAGCGCGGACUGGAACUGGGCUGCCAUUCGGGCAUUCGAUCCUUCUUACAGUCCAGACUUAGCUGAUGACGCCGAGACUGCCAAUUUUUUCGAAGAAAUGAUUUCAGUCGCAUCCGAGCUAGUGGCUAACUGGGACUUUAUCCUUCCACAAGUCAGAGAAACCGUUAAUCUUGCAAUUUGUUAUGAGAGUAUUCACCUGGAGCAGGAGUUUCUCCUUGACACCGCUUCUGGCGCACCGCAGUCGAAGAAGGAUCAGUGCAAACCAAUGCAGCCCAAGUUCGCAUCAAUCAAGGCAAACAUUUGGAACGCCCGAACGCCUCCCCCAGUGCCAACCCUAGUCCUCAUUGUUGAAGUUAACGCCAACCUUUACGCUUCCAGCUUGACUACAGCCAAAGACGGUGGUUUUAAAGGUGCACCAAACGAGCGUCACACUGGCAGUCGCACUUUCAAUCCCCAAGUCAAGAACAGCUGGCCGAACACAUGCGACGGUCAGGAAACACAACUCGAGGCUCUCAAGCAAUGUAAUGCCAAGAGUCUGCUCAAAGCUGGACUUGAUUCCGACUCCGAAUUCAAGACUCUGGAGAAGAACAUCAAGCGGGAACACUCCUUGACAUUCGUUUUCGACACAGUCAAUCGUGCUGCGCUCUCUCUCCUCGUUCCCUCUCAUCUCCGCAUCCGCACAUCUCCCGAAGUUAUUUACCUACCUGAACAUCUUUGA